GUGAGUCUCAAGUCUCAGACUUCAUAACUCCUUUUACGACACUGAAUCUCUGAGACAGUCUCGGUGCCAGGUCCACUUUUCGGCAAAGUGACGUGGACGUCAACAGCAAUGGCGGAAGGAGAAGAGCUUCUGCCACUGUCAACGUCGGGCGGGGACAGCUGGGAAAAAGAUCUUGAAGAAGCCCUUGAAGCAGGAGGUUGUGAUCUUGAAACUUUGAGAAAUAUAAUUCAAGGGAGGCCACUGCCUGCUGAGCUGAGGGCCACGGUUUGGAAGAUUGCUCUGAACGUUGCAGGGAAAGGUGAUAGUUUGGCAUCAUGGGAUGGUAUUUUAGACUUGCCCGAGCAGAACACUAUUCAUAAAGAUUGCCUUGAAUUUAUCAAGCAGCUCUCAGUGCCAGAGGAGAAGGCAGCAGAAUUACUCCUGGAUAUUGAAUCUGUAAUUACUUUUUACUGUAAAUCACGCAGCGUUAAAUACAGCACAUCCCUGAGCUGGACUCAUCUACUGAAACCGUUGGUCUGUCUCCAGCUGCCUCGCAGCGACCUAUACAACUGCUUCUAUGCCGUCAUGAAUAAGUACAUUCCCAGGGAUUGUUCCCUGAAGGGGAGGCCAUUUCAUCUCUUCCGCUUGCUCAUCCAGUACCACGAGCCUGAGCUUUGUUCUUUUCUUGACACAAAGAAAAUCACUCCAGACGCCUAUGCACUCAACUGGCUCGGGAGCCUUUUUGCACAUUUCUGUUCCACUGAAGUCACCCAGGCGAUAUGGGACGGAUAUCUACAGCAAGCAGAUCCAUUUUUUAUUUAUUUCUUAAUGUUAAUUAUCCUUGUUAAUACAAAAGAAGUUAUUUUAGCACAAGAGUCUGACAGCAAAGAAGAAGUUAUCCGCUUUUUGGAAAGUACCCCGUCCAGCCUGAAUCUCGAAGAUAUAGAAGACCUUUUCUCUUUGGCUCAGUAUUACUGUAGUAAAACGCCAGCUUCUUUUAGGAAGGAUAACCAUCAUCUCUUCGGUAGCACCCUGCUGGGGAUCAAGGAUGAUGAGGCAGAUCUGAGCCAGGCUCUGUGUCUGGCCGUUUCAGUGUCAGAGAUCCUUCAAGCUAAUCAGUUGCAAGGGGAAGGAGUCCGGUUCUUCGUGGUGGACUGUCGUCCUGCAGAGCAGUACAAUGCUGGGCAUUUGGCAACCGCGUUCCACCUAGACUCAGACUUGAUGCUCCAGAGUCCGUCUGAGUUUGCACAGUCAGUAAAGUCCUUGCUAGAAGCACAGAGGCAGUCCAUUGAGUCCGGCUCCGUAGCUGGCGGGGAGCACCUCUGCUUUAUGGGCAGCGGCAGAGAGGAGGAAGACAUGUACAUGAACAUGGUCCUCGCACACUUCUUACAGAAAAACAAAGAAUAUGUUAGUAUUGCCAGUGGAGGAUUUAUGGCCCUUCAGCAGCACCUGGCAGACAUAAACGUGGAGGGACCAGAAAGUGGAUAUGGCCAUUGGAUUGCCAGUACCUCAGGGUCAAGGGGCAGCAUUAGCUCUGUCGAUGGUGAAUCUUGUAAUGGUUCAAAUGAUAGAGGGAUGAAAUCCCUUGUCAAUAAAAUGACUGUGGCUCUAAAGACAAAAUCCGUUAAUGUUAGGGAAAAGGUCAUCAGUUUUAUUGAGAAUACAUCAACUCCUGUGGACCGAAUGUCUUUCAAUCUUCCCUGGCCAGACAGAUCAUGUACAGAGCGGCACGUGAGCAGCAGCGACAGAGUGGGCAAGCCUUACCGUGGAGUGAAGCCUGUGUUCAGCAUCGGCGAUGAAGAGGAAUACGACACAGAUGAAAUCGACAGCUCGUCCAUGUCAGAUGAUGAUAGAAAAGAGGUUGUGAACAUCCAGACCUGGAUCAACAAGCCGGACAUCAAGCAUCACUUUCCCUGUAAAGAAGUUAAAGAAAGUGGACAUAUGUUUCCUAGCCAUCUGUUGGUUACCGCCACACAUAUGUACUGCUUAAGGGAGAUUCUUUCGAGGAAAGGCCUGGCUUACAUCCAGUCUCGACAAGCACUAAAUUCUGUAGUUAAAAUUACGUCCAAAAAAAAACAUCCGGAGCUAAUUACCUUCAAGUAUGGAAACAGCAGUGCUUCUGGGAUAGAAAUCUUGGCUAUUGAAAGGUAUUUGAUUCCAAAUGCAGGAGACGCUACCAGAGCCAUAAAACAGCAGAUCAUGAAAGUGUUGGAUGCUUUGGAAAGUUAAUGUAAAGAAAGUUAUUUAAGUGAAAUUAAGGCAACGAAGAGAAAUAUGAAAAUAUAUUUCCUGACUCAAUACUAACCAGAGACCUUUGAUUUGCUCAUGGGGUGCCUGAGUAGAGGGUCUAAAUGCAAAUUAUUGUAAUCAAUAUCGGGAUGGGUACACUUUUUUAAAAAUUUCUUUUGCAUCUUUGGUUUUAUAUAAUGAUUUAUUAUAAAGGUCAGUUAUUAAAUGACUGAAGUAACUGGCCUUGUGCCCUAUGGAUCCAAGGGCACAGAAUGCAGUUCUGUUUUGAAGAGCUGUUUUAAAGGACAUGCAUCAUUUUCAGGUUUUAAAACAACUGUACACAUACAUAUUUGCAAUGUCUUCACUGAAAUUUAGGGAUAGAAUUAGUUGAAGAGAUUUAAUUGCUACAUUGAGUUUUACUACAAUGAGCAUUAUCGAAAUAAACAGUUAGACUAAUAAUUAGCUCACUGUUUCUGUUCUUUAAAAGAUUGAAGUCUGUUUGAUGGAAUGGAUGGAGAUCAUAGCAACUCAAAUACAGCCCAUAGUGAGACACUGAAGCGUCAGCUUCACCCCAUCUUCUCUCCAGUAGGUAAUUAUCCAGAGACUAAUUGCCUCAGAGAUAGGGUUGCUAAGGAACAGUUAACAGCACUAGAAGUAAGUAGGCAUGUUAAGGUUAAAAUUAGCAUUUGGGGACAGAAUUGUAUCUGUAAAAAUGUCAUUGGUCUUUAUUACAAAUGGGUCAUUUGGUCUAGGCUGUUUCAAAAUGCUUUGAACACACUGAUUAUCAUCCCCGAAAUGAUCACCUGUGACCACACUAAUGUCCAGUUUUUUAAAAAAGAUAAUCAGAGAGCUACAGAAAUUUUUCAUUGUUUUUUUUAUCACUUUCUAAAAGUUUUCCUUUGGUUUUGUCUUCUCAGUAAAGUUUGAGUAGUUAGCACUUGUUCCGUUCUUCCACUCUGAAAGAACGGAUGCAGUCUGCUUUGUCUCACAGCUUGCUUAGAUUAAUUUCUGUGGCCCAUAUUAGUCACUGUGCUGAGAGAGCCAAAACAUCUUCAGACCAUGGGAUGAUUUUUAUAAAAUCUGUCUGAAAAAUAGUAAAUAGAACCUGCCAUGUCAUAACAUGUAAUAGAUUUUCUCCAAGGGGUUGGUUGAUAGAAAUAUCUAGAUGUACCCCACCAGUAGCCAGUGUUUUAAUUUGCUUAAUGGAAAUCAAGUGACUGAAUGGUAACAUAAUUAAAAGAACUCUAUUCUGAUAUCUAAAUAAAAACAAUGUAUUUGAGUGGUUGAAGACAUUUGCAUGAAAUUGCACCUUGUGCGGUACUUGAUAUUUAUAAUUCUUCCCCCAAACUGUUGUAUUUCAUUUCUCCCAUUUUCUCAACACCCUCUUUGAGAUGUCCUGAAGUCUCAUUUUUCCACCAUCUCAGCUAUGGGACUUUUUUUCAUAAUAUUAAUGUAAAGAUGUUUGUGUUACUGUUUAUAAAUUACAAUUGUAAAUAAACUGAUACAAGUUUGCUCAGAA